AUGGUCUCCGCCAACUCCCUCUUCGCAGCCCUCAUGGGCCUGGCCAUGGCCAACCUCGCCACUGCCUCCCUCAGCAACCCCAGCUCCCAGGCCCAGGCCCUCCAGGCCCGCGCCGACAAGUUCGCCGCCCGCAGCGUCAUGUACCGCCGCGGCGAGGACGGCGCCCUGCUCCGCCGCAAGAUCGCCCAGCGAGCAGUCGAGCCCCGCAAGUGCAUGCACAGCUGCUGGAGGAAGGACAAGAAGGACAAGGAGAAGAAGUCUAAGAGCAAGAAGGAGAAGAAGCUGAGCAAGAAGAUCAAGGCUAAGAAGGGCAGCAAGAAGGAGAAGAAGGAGAAGAAACAUAAGAAAGAGAAGAAGGAGAAAAAGCACAAGAAAGAGAAGGAGGAGAAGGAAGAGAAGGAGGAGGAGGACAGCGAGUAG